UUAUUUUGUUGGCUAAUUUUAAAUUUCAAAGGCUAAAAUAGUGUUAUAAGAAGCAAUAGCACUCAAUUAUUUAACAUUAUUUUAAAAGCUCCUGAUUUGUUGUGUGUCAUAAACAUGGAGGCUGAACAUACAGGAGGUAUUUUAGAAGGUAGUGAAGGCGUUGGUAUUGAUAUUAUAAAUGCUGAAGUUGUAAUUGUUCAACAAGAAAAUGUCAAUAUAAUGGACAUAACAGUGGAAACUCCACAAAAUGUGGAACAAGUAGAGUUGGUAGAAGAGAUGCCUGGCCCUUUGGCAAAGAAAAGGAAGAAAAACGAAAGAGCAUGGAAGAAAACUGUUGCAAAAGUUGCUAGACACCGCCCGAAGGGAUUUCCACAGAUGCCUAGUUGUAAACAUUCGGCCAAAAGUAAGUACCGCUGCGCAGAACUUUCCCUGCAGGAUGUUAGAAAAGAUACAUCAGCAAUACUAUAA